AGGAGCUGCUGGAAAACAUAGUUGUCUCGAUAAGUGUUGCUACGUUUAAGUGUGGAAAAGCAAAUUUGACAGGCCAUGCAGAGAAAGUUGGCAUUGAAAACUUUGAGCUCCUGAAAGUUCUUGGAACAGGGGCCUAUGGAAAAGUAUUCCUAGUGAGGAAAGUAAGUGGCCAUGAUGCUGGGAAACUGUAUGCCAUGAAAGUAUUGAAGAAAGCAACAAUAGUUCAAAAAGCCAAAACAACUGAGCACACGAGGACAGAACGACAAGUCCUGGAGCACAUUAGGCAAUCACCGUUCUUGGUCACCUUACAUUAUGCCUUCCAGACAGAUACAAAGCUUCAUCUCAUUUUAGACUAUAUAAAUGGAGGAGAAUUGUUUACUCAUCUUUCACACAGAGAGAGAUUCUCAGAAAAUGAGGUGCAAAUUUACAUUGGCGAAAUCGUUUUGGCACUUGAACAUCUGCACAAGUUGGGGAUUAUAUAUCGGGAUAUAAAACUUGAGAAUAUUCUCCUUGAUUCUGAUGGCCAUGUGGUGCUGACAGACUUUGGUCUAAGUAAGGAGUUUCUUACUGAUGAGAAUGAGAGAGCAUAUUCCUUCUGUGGAACAAUAGAAUAUAUGGCUCCAGAUAUUGUAAGAGGGGGAGACGCAGGACAUGAUAAGGCUGUUGAUUGGUGGAGUGUUGGUGUUCUUAUGUAUGAAUUAUUAACUGGAGCAUCACCAUUUACAGUCGAUGGAGAGAAGAAUUCCCAAGCAGAGAUUUCUAGGAGAAUAUUAAAAAGUGAGCCACCUUAUCCACAAGAAAUGAGUGCUCUGUCUAAGGAUAUAAUUCAGCGUCUUUUAAUGAAAGACCCCAAGAAGAGGCUUGGUUGUGGUCCCACUGAUGCUGAUGAAAUCAAACAGCAUCCCUUUUUCCAGAAUAUGAAUUGGGAGGACUUAGCUGCCAAAAAAAUACCAGCUCCAUUUAAACCAGUAAUCAGAGAUGAAUUGGAUGUCAGUAAUUUUGCAGAAGAGUUUACAGAAAUGGAUCCAACAUACUCUCCUGCAGCAACCCCUCAGACUUCUGAAAGAAUAUUUCAGGGAUAUUCUUUCGUUGCACCAUCUAUUUUGUUUAAACGCAAUGCAGCUACAGUAGAUCCCUUCCAGUUUUAUGUGGGGGAUGAGAGACCUGGAAUGACAACUAUUGCCAGAAGUGCUAUGUUGAAGGACUCUCCAUUUUAUCAUCAUUAUGAACUGGAUCUGAAAGAGAAACCAUUGGGAGAAGGAAGUUUUUCCAUUUGUCGAAAAUGCUUACACAAGAAAACUAGCCAAGAGUAUGCAGUAAAAAUAAUUAGCAAAAGAAUGGAAGCCAACACCCAGAGAGAAAUAACAGCUCUGAGGCUCUGCGAGGGACAUCCGAAUGUAGUGAAGUUACAUGAGGUUUUUCAUGACCAGCUUCACACAUUCCUGGUAAUGGAAUUGCUGAAGGGAGGAGAAUUGCUUGAACGUAUUCAGAAGAAGAAACAUUUUAGUGAGACGGAAGCCAGUCACAUUAUGCGCAGACUUGUUUCAGCAGUGAGCCAUAUGCAUGAUGUGGGAGUAGUCCACAGAGAUCUGAAACCUGAGAAUUUACUAUUUACAGAUGAAACUGAUAAUUCAGAAAUAAAAAUAAUUGAUUUUGGCUUUGCUCGUUUAAAACCACCUGAUAAUCAGCCUCUUAAGACUCCGUGUUUUACCCUUCAUUAUGCUGCCCCUGAGCUCUUGAAUCACAAUGGUUAUGAUGAGUCUUGUGAUCUGUGGAGUUUGGGGGUCAUUUUGUACACGAUGCUGUCAGGGCAGGUACCAUUUCAGUCUCAAGACAGAAGUUUAACAUGUACCAGUGCAUUGGAAAUUAUGAAGAAAAUAAAAAAAGGAGAAUUUUCCUUUGAAGGAGAGGCUUGGAAAAAUGUUUCUGAAGAGGCUAAAGAGCUAAUUCGAGGACUUCUCACAGUGGAUCCAAACAAAAGGAUUAAAAUGUCCAGCCUGAGAUACAAUGAGUGGCUUCAGGAUGGCAGCCAGCUCUCAUCCAACCCUCUAAUGACACCUGAUAACUUGGGCUCUUCAGGAGCUGCAGUGCACACAUAUGUCAAAGCCACUUUCCAUGCCUUUAACAAGUACAAAAGGGAAGGAUUUUGUCUCCAGAAUGUGGACAAGGCACCUCUUGCAAAAAGAAGGAAAAUGAAAAAAACAAGUACAAGCACAGAGACACGUAGCAGCUCCAGUGAAAGUUCCCAUUCUUCUUCCUCUCAUUCUCAUGGUAAAACUACCCCCACAAAGACAUUGCAGCCCACAAACCCUACAGACAGCAAUAACCCAGAAACCAUCUUCCAGUUCUCCGACUGAGCAGCAGAAUGUCCCGUCUCAAGGAGCUAAAUGGUUACAGACUUGGCAGUACCUGUAUUGUCUUCUCCUGCCCUUCCUCCUGUGGCUUACAGGCUGCCACAGGAAGACUUCUGUUGCUUUAGAAAUGUAUUUUAGUCAUACCUUUUUAGCUCUGUAUUUCCAUACAUUUCCUUCUAGCGUUGUAUGGUAUCACUGGAUAUAGUGUAAUACUGUUAUACAGCCAACAUUGCAUUCUCUGAGGGCUACCUUACUGGUGUGCAGCCAAGCUCCAGGUAAGUGGCUGUGCUGCUCAUGGUACUGCUUGGAAGAAGACUGUUCCUCAGUGUCACAAUCUUCCUCCCAGUUCCUUCCCUACUGCUCAAAGAACGGAAAGCUCUGUAACAUCUGUACAACUUCGGGAUCUUCUGCUCCUACCCAGCUCUGUGAAGAAUAUUGUAGAAUUUGAUUCUUCAUGCAUGUAAACAAUCAUUGGUACAAUGCACCAAAGCAGUAUAGUACUCUAAAGCCUUUUAAAUUUAUGGUUAUGAUCUGUCCCAUUUAUUUGAAUUUUAAGAUCAAAAUGAAGCACUAUGGAACUCCUACUUUGUUUAAAAAUAUCUUGUUCUAAACAACUGAGAAUAGAAGUCUUAGAUUUUUUUUUUAAAUUUAUUUAUUUUUUUAAACACUUCUAGGGUAAAAGAUAUCUGAUAAGGUGAUAUGUCUAUUACUGUGAUACAAGAACUUUUAUUUUUUGAAGUUAUUAGCUUCUAAAAGAUUUUAAAGAUUCUAAAAUGUAAUGCUAUAAGAGAAAAUUAAAUUUCAUAUUUGAUUCUUUGGAAAAUGGCCACAUGUUAAAAUACCUAUUUCAAGAUUUAAUUAUAAUUUAUAUUUUCUUUUUAUAAUUACACAAUAAUUUAAAAAUACUGAGAUUUUUUUAAAGAUGAGAAAACUCCAGUUUCAGCAUUUGUUAUUAUAGGGUCCAUAAAAAUGCAUACCGAGUUAUUUGAAUUUUGCAUUUUGCAAAUAUGGCAGUCUAACAGUGACUGUAAAAUAUUAGAAUAUGUAUGUUUUAUUUUUUUGCACUUUAUAACAUCCAAAGGAGAUGUUUUGGAAUAAAGUGCACUCAGAUCUCUCUUCCUACAAGGUGCUGAGCACUGUUUUAUGGGCUGAAUGACUUGAAAUCCACCAUAUUUGGUGGUUGUGGUCAUAGUGAAGGAGAAUUCUGUACUUUGCAGGAGUGAAUCCCUGUAUAUUACCCACUGUUUUCAUUCCUUACUGUAAAAUGCAAAGCUCUUUCUAUCUUGCUUUUACAUUGUAUAUAACAAAUACUAGACCUGGGCACCUUGUGUAGUGUAGAUGUUAACAACUUAUGCACUGGGAAUACUAAAGGGAAAUUAUAUUGAACACUGUGCUUCACGACUUGUUCACUGUGGUGUUCUACAGUGAAGUAUUUCCUACUGUGAUAGUAUAGUAUGUACAUAACUGUUUGGAAUCAUAAAUGUGACUUAGAGAAACAUCAGCAUAAACUUUUAAAUCAGUAUAUUUUAUAAAUUUGUGGAGAGCUCUUUUAUAGCUUGUAUUCUCAAUGACUAGGGGUAACUUAUGUGCUAAACAUGACUCCAGUUUUGCAAAUACUUACGUGUGUAAGUUUCCACUGAAGUCAGAGAGGCUCCUUGUCAUAUGCCUAAAUUUGUGUGAUGGAAGACUAAUUGACUAGAGGAUUUUGUUAACAGCUGUCUCUAUCCUAAAGUAACCUUAAUCCAAACCCUAUGCAAAAAAAAAAAGGUUAUAGAAAUUGUUUAUAUCAGUGGUUUUAUUUAUAGAAUUAUAUCAUAUAUCAGUAUUGACAAAUACAAUAAAUCCAUGUUUACAGGGAUUGUGUGUAUCAAAACAUGGCUUUGAAGCCCAACAUGUUUGUUCUGUGUUUCUUUAAUAUUAAUAAUGGCAUUCUGAGGUUUUGGAAUUGCUCAUGUGAAAUAGUUUACUACUUUCUUGAUGUGAAUGUCAACAGUAAUUGCAGCAUUAAUUUCAGGUUGAUGUGAAUAUUGAGAUUUGCACUGUUUAUGUAGAAGUAGUAUAUUUAAAGAUCAGUCUAUGUGCUAAUAACACAACCAGUUUUAAGUGGCCUAUGUUAAAGUAUUGAAAAAUAAUUGUCAGUGUAAUAUAUUCAGGUUUGCUUUCUGAAUGCUCUCUUUGGAAGUAAUCUCAAUAGUGAACAUGGCUCAUUUGUAAAAGAAUACUUUUUCUCUCCCAAAUAAACUUGCUGUAAAUACAACAAACAAUCCACCAUUAAUACUCAUUAUGCAGACAGUAUAAGUGAAUUGGGAGAUUGGAGAACAGGUUGUUUUAUCAAGUUUGCACUUUGAGGAGUUUGUGGAACUUUGUCUUCAGGAUGAGGACCACAAAAAGCAAUUUCAGUCUGAUUUCAUUUAAGUGUAAUAAACUGUUGGAUACCAGGUGGAUUUGGAAUAUUGUGACCCAGCUGAAAGAACUUAAACGUUAGGAGCACAGGAUGUUAGGAAAUGUUGUUUCCCUGUUGGAAAAUUUAAGCUGUUUCUUGACAAACUGAUGAAACAACAAGAAUGUUUGCACAAGAUACUAAAUGCUAGAGAUAAUGGCUGUCUUGUCAAUCUUUUUUUCUGCACAGGUUUUGAGAGACUGUUGUGAGACAAAAAGUUAUUAGAAUACAUCAGUUGUAUCAAGGACAACUUUUAUAGCUGAAUAUUUCUGUGUCCUCUUUGUGCUCUCACGGUAGUUGUUUAAUAAAAAUUGAAACCCAGGGUAAUUCUUUUGGGCAGGGCUAAGUACAUUUAGGUGUCACCUUGUAUUUGCUUUGAACCAGUUACCCAGGGUAGCUGAAAUGUUUGACUCCUGCUGCCUCCAGGUGACAGAGCUCUCGAGGAAGUGGAUUUGACACUUCUGAAGUGUCUGAAUUUUUAGAUUAGCAUUACAUAAACAACUGCUGAUGUAGAUACACAUUGAUACAUUGAAACCUGAGUUGCAAACUAGGCAGCUCAAGAUUAGGUUUACUUCUUGUUCUAAUGUCCCUGCAGGAGAGUAUUUACUCUCGGCAGAACAAUGUUUUGAUCUGUUGACCAGCCUGGAACUCAAGGUCAUAUAAAGACCCGUGGGCCAUGUUUUUCUUACUCAGACCACUGUUUCAAAUUUAAAGUGUACAAGUUAAUCUUCAUCAGUACUACAAAUACUUUAUAUUGUCUUGGUGAAGAGAUGCUACACUGUGAAUUAUGUGUAUACUCAGAUUAAGUUUUCUUCAAAGUGCUGCUAUGCCUCAAUCAGCUUUAAUGUCUGGUAAUGAAUCUGUCUGCUGUCAGAAAUGCAAUGAUGUCAGUGCUGUUGUAGGCAGAUUUGUGUGAAAAGUCAAAUUUCUUAUGAGUAGAGAUUUCAGUUAGUGUGGGUUUUAAUCUAAUCUUCAAAGUACUCAGUAUCUGGUAAAGCCAUUUCUUUGUAAUACUUUUAGAAACACGAAUACUAGUAUAGCAGGUAAUUCUGCUAAAGGAUUUGGAGAAGUACAAAGAAGAGUACAUAACUUAUAGUUCCUCUGGUUUAGUGAAAUUUCUAUACUUUGAGGAAAAGAAUCAGUGUACUUGGCAUAUGCAUUGUUUCCUGCUAUUAAAAAACCCCUAUUAAGUACUUCAUUAAACAGUUGGGGCAAGGGGGAUCAUGUACUGCAUCACAGAAUGGAUUGAGGCUUCAAAUUGGCUCUGCUGAUGGAGGUAUUUUCUCAGCCCUUUUCCGUGGCUACUUUUCUGAACAAAAAUAACAAUUCCUACACAGCUGUAUCCCUUCUCAGUCAUCUGAAAACAGAAUAAUUCUCAGCAGAAAAUGUGUUCAUUGGUUAUAAUGAAAUGUUGCACAAGCAUUUUAUCAUCUGUGCAUGUGUUGUCUGCAUGCAUGUAGAUACAUGCUCAAUUGCAUGUCUAGAUCUCAAUUUAAAGUAAUAUGCCUUGAUUAAGAGAGCUUGUAUUUUAAAAAUGGGUUCUGGGCUCACACAGAUUUGGAGGACCAGAUAAGGCUGCCACAGAAGAGGAAGAAGGUUGUAGGAAGUCAGAGGUGAGAAGCUUCUGGGCAGAUAUUUUCAGGGGUAAUUUUUCCCCUGGCUAUCUCCGUGUGCAUGUAUUAUUCACUGGCAAUGAAUUGCCAGCUUUCUUGCCAGUUAUCCAACAUAAACAUAUUUCCUACCUCUGCAGGUCCCUGAGUAUAUGUGUGUGUGUAGCUUUAUAACAUUUACUUCAUCAUAUUGAAUUUAUUUCUUAUAUCUCAGGUAUCAUUCCAGGUGUUUUUACUAAAUUAAUAGUCUUUAUUUCUUCCCCCAUAAGUGACAGUCUUUUUCAAAAUACUGUUUUUACAUGGCAAAACAUGCUAUUGCCUUCCUUCAGUUGAGAUAGUUGACUGAAUAUUCCGGAUUGAGAGAUCAGAAUAUAACAUGGGUAUUUCAGCUGUAAAGGGAUAAAAGUGCUUUGAUCUUUGUUUGCUAGUGAGAAACACUUCUCAGUUUGGUCCUUUAAGCCCACAAGGCACUGGAUUCUCUGAAAGUAGAAAUUUGGAGCUGUUCACUAGCUUUCAUCUGCCAUCACACAUUUUUUGUAUCACAUAUUAAAUAGAUUUUGAAUCUUCAGAACCACCUGUGUACAAAAGAAAACUCAGACUGAUUCUUGUAGUCUGCAGUAGAAAAUGAAGUUAUGCUUUCAAUUACACAGACUAACUGAAACAGUCUCUUGUUUGUGGUGCCCAGAAACUGCAUAAUGGAGAAAUGCAAGAGACCUGCAGUAAUGUAAAUUUCAAGAAAUCAUGUAUUUUGACAACCAUCAUGUUCUGUGUGACAGAAAUGGAAGACAGCAACUGGCUGGGAAACAUUUUUAAGUGUUUAAGCAGAGAUGUUAUGGGCUGGUCUGACUAAUACUUUAUUCAGUGGUAGAAAGGAAUCCAUAUUAUUCACAUGUAAAAUUGCUUUUAAAAAUUGGCAACCAAUCUAACUGUAUUCACAAGAAUCAUGCAGAAGUCUGCUAACUUCCUUUGAAAUGCCAAUAAUAAAGGAAAGAAAAACAGAACUCUUCUUUAUUGCUUCAGGAGCUGCCAAAAAACCUAACAGAUGAAACUGCAAAUUGAUUGCAAACUUCUUACAGCUUUCUUAAUACAAAGAUAUUUGUCAACAAAUCCAGCAUCAAAUCUUGAAAUUGGUCUCAUUUAUGUUCACCUGAUUUUCCCUAGUUGUUUUUUUAUUUUGUUAAAUGUGUAGUUGUCUUAGUAUGAUUAUGACCAAAAGUCUAUUUGCAUAAGCAGGAGAAAAAAAAAGGAUUUAGGAUUAGGCCAUGUGAAUAACAAAAAUAAAUCUGCUUGGAAAGGUAACCAUUUCAAAAUAUGCAUAUAUAUUAAUGGUAUUUGCUGAUAAAACUAUGUCUAGCCAAGUACAUUUUAUCUAAGUUAUGGGUGAGAUUUUGUGUGACAUUCAGCUAUGCUAAAAAAGCUUUCAAGUUUAAAGUCUUUGGAGUUUAGGAAAGUAAGAAGAAAGGGGAAAAUUUAAAGAUGAUGCUGCAGAGUGGGGACAAUGCUUGAAGUUUGUCCCUGAGUUACUCGAGGUGACUGCUUACAGAGGUAUCAUUGUAUGGUCUGCAGAAACUCACUCAAUAGUUCAUAUGCUUCUUUUCCUAUAAAAUUAAUAUACAGUGGAGAAGAAAAAUUCACAAAACCAGCAGAUACCUCAAAGCUUUUCUCAGGUGUCUCCUUAAUGAGUUCUCAUCCUUUAAGCAGAUAACUCUGCUGACCUUAGCAGUUACUUGUGUUGAAGCUACAGAUGCUUGAGAGAACAGGAUCCCACUCUCUGGCUCACUGUAGAGGGAUGCUACAAAUCAGAGCUCAAGGUGCUGUGUCCCUGCUGCUUUUAAGUUCAAGUAUUCAUACAAUUCUGCUUAGUAUGUAUCACCAUGUCAGCCCCAUUGGUAUGCAGCUGGGGCUGGUCAGCUCAAUUUUUUAGUGCUGUCAAAUUAAAGGAAGACUUGAGAUCUACUUCAGGACCAAAGUGAGAACAGGCUUUGAAUCUUAACAUGCAUCUGGAUUACAACUAUGAAUUAAAGUUUGGCAUUGGCUUUCAAUCUUGAUAGUCUUAAGAUGCUUCUGCAGCAAAUGUGGAUGCUUACAGAUGUCUUUACAGUAUUGAUCUCUCACCUGCAGAGAAAGAAACCUGCAAAAUUGUUUCUUGCCAGAUAAAAACUUUUGCUGGAGUCCUCGUAGAAGAAAUCAUCCCUAAUUUCUACCUUUACCUUUGAAGCUAUAAAGGCAAAAAAUGAAUUGGUGACAGAUUCUGACAGCUGGUUAUAAAGGAGCAGGCUGUGUUAAUUUGCAGUAAGAGGAACAGGGCGUUCUAUUUCAUGUGUCAGUGUGGGCAGGGAGUGGGGAGAGGGAAAGAAAUGGGAAGAAGGGAAUGCUGAGUGCUUUGCCUCGCUGUAUUUACAGGACAUUCUGGUUGCACACCAUUGCUUUUGAAGGACCAAUGAUUUCUAUAUUCAGUUAAAAUCUUUUUGAAUAAAAAAAGCCCACACAGAUUAACCUGACAACUUUUCUUCUUGGAAACAGUGCUGUUUUCAACUGGCAAAUACAGCAUUGUGGACAUUGGUUCCUUAUUUCCUUAAUGCUAGUUAUCAACAGAUUACAGUAGACUUUUCUUUCUGACAAAUACACACCUCUCUCAGUUCUUUGUCAUGCCAACAUGCAAAACUUUGUGAUAGAAUAGAUAGAAAAGCGGAGAAGAUUUUAUUAAAAAGAGAAUUAAUUGAAUUGGGGUUUUUUUGCCCAACAUUCAGAAAAUGAGUAUUCUUGGAGUGGGUCCAGAGAAUUAUUCUGAAUUUGAUGGGAAAAGUACUAGAAGAAAGGAUAAUUUUGUGAAUAAAGUGGUGAAGAAAAUACAGGAAAGCUGUGCCCUCGAAGACUGCUCAGGACUUGUGGAACACUAGUGGAACCAGAUGUCAGGUGAAUGCUCCUGUCGCUAGAGCUGUUAAAGCCUAACCAUGCUUAUUGAAAGGAUGAUAAGCCCAGCCUGUUGGCCAGUCCUGUCAGAGCCCAGGAUUUGUGCCAUGGCCUGUUCAAAGGCACAUGAUGAGCCCCAGGGGAGGCAUUCUUUGUUUAAGACUAUUUUGUACUAAUUCUGGAUCUGCUGAUUUUUUAAAGACUUCUCUCCAGUUAUUAACAUAAUUGAAACAUCUAAUUUAAAUGCAGGAUUUUUCAUUCUUUCCAAACAGAACAAAAAUAGUUGCUGAGCACUCCGUUAUCACCAGUGUUUUUCUUGCCUCUGGAUAUAAUGAACGGAUGAUGUUGCUGAGAUUAUUCGUUGUCAUAGUAUUCAUACUAAUCAAUAUUUUCUGUCAAUGUUUUAAGGUACCUACAGGUUUAGAAAUUUUCCAAAGUUGAAUGUAGCUUUCGACUCCCUCUGGUGGUCUGGCAAUGGAGCUGGCAAAUAGUUUCUCUAUCACUGACUGCAAACGUUUGAAUGCAGUAUGACAUUGUAUUUUAUUUUUACCCUUAAAAUAGUCCCUUAAAAUAGGAAUAGUCAAAAAUGAUACAUGGCUCUGAGUUUCUGUUUUGAAAAGUAGAGGCCUAAUAACAUGCAAAAUCGUUGUAUCUUUCUAAAACCAUAUAAUUACUAUUUUUAAAAAAUCCAUAAUACUAUUCUGGACGCUGUUUUCGUAAGUCAAAAGAAUAGGAAAAUGUCUUUGCCUCUGAGGUUCAAUUUACUUAGGAAGAUUUUCUUUUAUGAGUUUAAGCUAGAGAUUAAAGUACAAUCUGGAUCACAACUAGAAUUUAGCUGAACCGUGUCUGUAAGUUUUGUUAUUGUGCAUGGACAGUGCGGGGUCCCUCUUCAUCUAUUUCCCUACAAGCAGUGUUGGGCACCAGUUUGAAACAGAGCAGGAAAGAGGCUUACCAUGAGAGUAGCACAAUGAAAGACUCAUUAUUAGACCCUAACCUGGCUUUUCCCUGAACUUAAAAGUAGCCAAAGCACUUAUGUAAAAUCCUUAGACCUUUGAACAAGACUGAAAUGUUUUACACUGGCUCAAUAAAAAUUAGAAACAGCAAGCUAUGGCAUUUUUCUUCCUGUUUUCUCCCUGUUUCUUACUACAUGGUAAUAUAGGAUAGCAAAUUUACUGACACCAUACCAUUGUAAAAAUACAGUUGUGGAGCAAGUUGCAAUUCAGAUAGAAAUACAUUUAUUCAGCCUCCAAAAAACAGUGGAGUGUGGUUUUUUUUUAAAUUCUGGGAGAUGACUCUUUUUUUUUUUUUUAAUGUAUGUAAAUAUUUGCAUUUGUGGUUCAGAGGAUAUUUCCAGGCACGGUGUGACAGGUUUAAAAUGUAGUAUGAAACACUGAGGUGGAAGAAUAUGAUUUUAGUAGAUACUGGCAGUUGAGUGAUGCUCUGUUGCCCUUUCACUGACAAUGCUGGCUCCCGUUUCACAUGGGUGAGCUUAGAAAGGACCUCUUUUGGAGUCUAACUUUUUUUUCCCCAGCACAUUUAGUAAUUAAACUUUGGAUUCAGACAAUUCAGACAAUGACUGCUAGCCCUUGUCAUUUCUUAAAGACUGUGAAUUAAUAUCAAGGGAUUUCAUAAAAUAGUAAAAAAUAUGUUUGCUUGAUUCUACAGGCAUACAUUCAAUUUUCAGUACCAGUUGCCCAUUAACUCACAAGUGCAGUAUGAACUGAAUCACUUUGAAGGCAACAAAAUAUAAAAUCAAAAUCCAUUGUGAAGAAAGCUUUUGGGGUCCUAAGUUUUCUUGAAUUGUUUUAUGUAUGACAUUAACUUUCAAAUAGCCAUAAGGGCUUAAUGGUUUACAAAAUAAUGUACAUUUGCAGAUGUAACUAUUCUAAAAAAAUAAACUCAUCUAAGUACAAAACUUUGCAAUGUUGAAAUAAUUUGAUAAAGUUUAUUUCAUUUUUUACAUGGCUGUCCUCCUUGCUAUGUGGCAGGGGUGGCAGGUUUUAUAAUGGGCUUUUUGUCAGACUUGAUUUAGUGGAUACUCUUCAGUCUCACUUCCCUUCAAAGAACAUGUUUAUACUCUCAAAAAAGAGACAAAUGUCACUGUGAAAUUCUUUCCUCAAAGAAUUUUCAUAUGGUCUGUUCUCAAUUUCAUACAGAUUAUUGGCUUCAGUAGGAAUGGAGAACUGUGUAGUUCCUCCUUCUGCCAACAGUGUUGCACUAACUGAAAAAAAAGAUGACUUGGGUUCCAGUAAAAGUUCUGCUUCUGUUAAUGGUUAUGAGCUGAGCUUUUUACUGUAGAGGAAUUAAUUAUCCCAGUAAUGAGUUUUGGCCUGAGAAUUUUUGCACUUCACAUUCUACAAAAUAGCAGACGGUAGUGGGAGUUGAUUAUGAUUGCCUUAAAAUACAAAUAGUAUUUGAAUUGCAUCUCUGAUCACUUGCAGUAGGAAUAUAUUUUACAUUCUAAUAAGCAUUGCAAUGUUGAUUUUAACUGAAAGACAAAAGAUUGGUAAAACUACCAUUUGUGGUGAGGAAAAGUUUUUAAUGUUUACUGUUUUUGUUUUGUUUUACUAUGAAUAUGAAAAAAGGGCUUUUAUAUUGUCUUCUAUAGCAUCAUAUUUCCCUCAAAAUUGUUUUCUUUCUCUGAUGUGUGCUAUAGGUAGAAAACUAAUUUUAAGAAUCAGCAUUAUGACUAGCAGUUUCAGAUGAACUUCUUUGGAAAAAAACAGCAUACCACUGGUCAGCGUGCACACGUAAAACCAGAGUAGUAGCUAAACUUGCAUAUUAAACACUUUUUCUCUAAAUAAUGAAACAACGCUGGCAUUAAGCAUCACUAGCCUUUGACACAAGUUGGCUGUUAAUCUUGGAUUCUUCCUCACCACUUCAGUGGUGCAUAGUAUUUGUCUAAGAAGCCAAAAAUACGGUCUGGAAUAAAAAACCCAUUGACCCUGUGAGUUUCCUUGCAGGAGGUUUUUUCCUCUCCUCUGUGUUUUGAGCAGUCUAUUUUCAUAUGUUGCCUUUAUAAAUGCAAGUACUUUUUGAAUUGAUUUUUCUGAUUCCUUGUUAAAGAAUGUUUAAUAUCUUAGCAGAGAUUAAAGUGCUGCGUUAUUUAAGUCAGUUUAUAUUCUCUCUAACAUUGUCAUCAAUUUAAAGGCGCAUCACACCUGUUUCUCAUAGAUCUGUGUGGAGUACUAGUGCAGAAAGUUUCUUUACCAGGUUUAUUUUCAGGUUAUGAGGAGUAUGGGAGUACCAUAUCAGUGUGUGUAUUGGGUUUGUGUGGCCAGGUUUUGGUAGUGGAGGGGACAAUGCAGGAAUGGUUUCUGUGAGCAGCUGCUGAGGCUUCCCUCACAUCCAACAAAGCCAGGGCCAGUUGACUUCAGGAUGGACCCACCUCUGGCCAAGGCUGAGUUCAUCAGAGAUGAUAAUAAAGGCUCUGUGAUGACAUAUUUAAGAAGGAAAAAAUGUUAUUGCACAGAUGUAAUUGUGACCAGGAAGAGAGGAGUGAGAAAGUGUGAGAGGAACAAUUCUGCAGACACCAAGGUCUGUCCAGGAGGGGCAGGAGCUGCUCCAGGCACCAGAGCUGAGAUUGCCCUGCAGCCCAUGGUGAAGACCAUGGUGAGGCAACUGUGCCCCUGCAACCUGUGGAGGUCAGCAGGGGAGCAGAGAUCCGCCUGGAGCAGGUGGGUGCCCAGAGGAAGGCUGUGAACCCACAGGAACACACUCCUGACUUGCAGACCUGUGGAGAGAGAAGCUCACAUAAGGGAGAGUUUGACUUGUGACCCCAUGGGGGACCCACGCUGCAGCAGUGGGUUCCUGAAGGAUUGCAUCCUGUGGAAAGGAACUCACACUGCAGCAGUGGGUUCCUGAAGGAUUGCAUCCUGUGGAAAGAAACUGACACUGCAGCAGUGGGUUCCGGAAGGACUGCAUCCUGUGGAAAGGGACCCACACUGCAGCAGUGGGUUCCUGAAGGAUUGCAUCCUGUGGAAAGGGACCCACACCGGAGCAGUUCAUGCAGAACUGUAGCCCAUGGCAAGGACUCACACUAGAGAAGUUCAUGGAGAACUGUCUCCCAUGGGAAGGAGAUGAGAGCUUCUCUCCCUGAGCAGUGGCAGAAACAACAGGUGAUGAAUAACCCUGUUCCCUGUCUGCCUGUGCUGCUGGCGGGGAGGAGGUAGAGCCCAGGAAAGAGGGAAGGGUAGUGCAAAAGUGUUUCAAUUAUUUAGUUAUCCUGCUCUGAUUUUGCUUGGUAAUAAAUUCAAUUAAUAUCUGCAAAUUGAGUCUGUUUUACCCAUGACAGUAAUCGGUGAGUGACCUCUGCCUGCCCUUAUCUCAACUCAUGAGCCCUCUGUUGUAUUUUCUCUCCCUGAUCCCUCGUGGGGGGCAAUGAUCAGGUGGCUUUGGGGAGUACCUGGCACCCAGCCAGGCUCAAACCACCACAGUGUGUAGCUGUGUGGUGAAAGGUCUUGUUUCUUCAUACCAAACUCAUGAAAUUGCACUGAACAAUCCACUUCUCUUCCCCCUGUGUUUGGGGGGAGUGGAGUGGGAGAGAUGGCAUAAGGCAAAAGGAUAGAAUAAUACAUCUUAGUUAUUUUCCUGCAUUUUGAAUUUCCCUCCUUUUCACAAACCAGGUACCUCUCUACAUUUGCUAGCCAGCAGCCUCACCUUAAAAGCAGACUCUUUCUAGCCAAGUACAUGCAUGCUUUGUUCUGCCCCAACAGUGUAAUAAAGAUGCCAUUUCCAGAAAAAAAUACUUUGUUUAAUCCUAAAAAAAUAAGGGAGAUUUGAUGAAAUAUGCAGGAUUGUGCUUCUUUUCUCUCUUACUUUUGUGCUAUCCAUUCCAAAUCCAUUAUUGAAUUCCACUAUACGUUAUCUACAAUGGAAUCUUCUCAGAGCAGUCUUGGGUGCAUGGAAGUUUCAUUAAUGUUAAAGCAGAUUUCCAAAGCAUUUCAAAAUGUGCUAAUUCCUUUUGCAUAGAUGUCUCACUUCAUAAAUAGGAACUGUUGAGAUAAUAAGCCUGAUGAGCUGUAAUGUAAAUAUUUUAAUACUAUUGCUGGUAGCUUUUAGUGAAAUGAUGUGAUCAGUGCUAACAAAAUGUGUUAGAAUUAUUGUGAAUCAAUAUGAAUAAUCUUCAUAGGCAAAUUAGCUCUUUUAGAAAGUUGAAAUUUUAGUUUUCAUAGUCUUAUCUGUAAAAGAACUAGUAGUUAUAAUAUCAAACAUUUUGAAUUAUCAUUCUUCUCCUUUCCAAUUUUUAACUUAUUUAAUUUUCUCCCCACCCCCCAAAAAAAAGUUAUAAUCAGUUUGACAUUCUCUGGAUCUUCUGAAAACUCAUGUAUGCAAAAAAUGCUUUUUUAUUAUCCUUUUGGUUUUGUUACAUUAUUAAAUCCUCUCUCCAAUCCUGCAGUACUCCUUUGUAUUUUUAAACACUGUUAUGUUCUGCUACCAUUUAAUUUCACUCUUAAAACCUGAAGGAUAUUUUGUUUGAAAUGGGACUGUAACCUGAAGGUGCUAUAAAAGCAUCUUGACUAAAAGGCAAAUUACAAUAUCUGAAUUUUGUGUUGUUGUGCUUCUAAUAACACUGGGAAUGAAAAGUAGAUUUCUUGAAACACUGAACAAGAUAUUUUAUGCCUGUCAUAGAGUUGCAAUAGUUGUGAUGGUCUAAGGAUGAUGGAAGCAAAACAAGAUUUGUUGGAAGUAGUAUUUAUUACAUUGAGGAUAUAGCUGGAAACACACUAACAAGCUUUUAGUUGUGUAAGCCUGGGUCUGUUUCCUGGUCAAUUCAAUGGAAACUGCAUCUCUUUAAAAAAAAUCCAUGCUGGUUUCUCAUGUUUCAGCUGAUGAUCAAAACUAAGCAAAACUUCAGAAGCACCUGUCUCUGGUAUAUGUGAAUGCAUAUGAAGCAGAUAAUUGUUUAGAAAUUCUGUUAUGUAAACAACUCUCCCAAUGCCCACAGGCAAUGUCAUAUUUGUAUUUUGCAGAUCUAUUUAUAGAACAGCCAGUAGUUUUAUGUUUGCCCAAAUUUGACUUCUGACUCUGUGAACUUGUAAUUUCUGAAGAUUAACAUGUGCUAGAUACAGAGGAGUGCAAUGCAUGUAAAAGCAAAAUUCCAGCCUGUUUUUUCAAACUUCAUCUGUGACAGCCAUCCUCAUAAACUCAACCAAAUUCC